AACGUGGUCCAAAACCAUUCCUGGCAAGGUCGAAUUCUUCUCCAGCGAGGGUUCGGACACCUCUAUCCCCAUCCCCAUCGUGCCGCUUCCGGGCGUAGAUGACUCCUACCCCCCCCAGAAGAAAUCCUUCAUGAUGCUCAAAUACAUGCAUGACCACUACUUGGACAAAUACGAAUGGUUCAUGAGGGCUGACGACGACGUUUACAUCAAAGGGGACAAACUGGAGAACUUCCUGAGGAGCCUGAACAGCAGCGAGCCGCUGUUCCUGGGCCAGACCGGCCUCGGCACCACGGAGGAGAUGGGCAAGCUGGCGCUGGAGCCGGGGGAGAACUUCUGCAUGGGGGGCCCGGGGGUGAUCAUGAGCAGGGAGGUGCUGCGCAGGAUGGUGCCGCACAUCGGCGAGUGCCUGCGCGAGAUGUACACCACGCACGAGGACGUGGAGGUGGGACGCUGUGUGCGCCGGUUCGCGGGCGUGCAGUGCGUCUGGUCCUACGAGAUGCAGCAGCUGUUCUACGAGAAUUACGAGAAGAACAAGAAAGGCUACAUCCGUGACCUGAGGAACAGCAAGAUCCACCGAGCCAUAACGCUGCACCCCAACAAGAACCCCCCGUACCAGUACCGGCUGCACAGCUACAUGCUGAGCCGCAAGAUCGCCGAGCUGCGGCACCGCACCGUGCAGCUGCACCGCGAGAUCGUGCUCAUGAGCAAGUACAGCAACACCGAGAUCCACAAGGAGGACCUGCAGCUGGGCAUGCCGCCCUCCUUCAUGCGCUUCCAGCCCCGGCACCGCGAGGAGAUCCUGGAGUGGGAGUUCCUGACGGGGAAGUACCUGUACUCGGGCGCCGACGGGCAGCCGCCCCGCCGGGGCAUGGACUCGUCGCAGCGCGAGGCGUUGGAUGACAUCGUGAUGCAGGUGAUGGAAAUGAUCAACGCCAACGCCAAGACGCGGGGCAGGAUCAUUGACUUCAAGGAGAUCCAGUACGGAUACCGCAGGGUGAACCCCAUGUACGGGGCAGAGUACGUGCUGGACCUGCUGCUGCUCUACAAGAAGCACAAGGGGAAGAAGAUGACGGUCCCCGUGAGGAGGCACGCGUACCUGCAGCAGACCUUCAGCAAGAUCCAGUUCAUGGAGCACGAAGAGAUGGACGCCAAAGAGCUGGCCAGCAAAAUCAACCAGGAUUCUGGCUCCUUGUCCUUCCUCUCCAACUCACUGAAGAUGUUUGUCCCCUUCCAGCUCAGCAGGUCCAAAGCAGAAAGGAAGGAGCUCAAAGACAAGAAGAUCAACAUCCUGAUCCCUCUGUCCGGGCGGUUCGACAUGUUUGCGAGGUUCAUGGGGAAUUUUGAAAAGACGUGCCUCAUUCCAAACCAGAAUGUCAAGCUGGUGGUCCUGCUCUUCAACUCCAACUCCAACCCUGACAAGGCGAAGCAGAUCGAGCUGAUGAGAGAUUACCGCUCCAAGUACCCCAAGGCUGACAUGCAGGUUCUGCCGGUGUCGGGGGAGUUCUCGAGGGCGCUGGCUCUGGAAGUCGGAUCUUCUCAGUUCCAGAACGAGUCUUUACUUUUCUUCUGUGAUGUUGACUUAGUGUUUACCACAGAAUUCCUCCAGCGGUGUAGAGCCAACACAGUUUUGGGUCAGCAAGUGUAUUUUCCCAUCAUUUUUAGCCAGUAUGAUCCAAAGAUUGUUUAUAGUGGAAAGGUUCCUAGUGACAAUCAUUUUGCCUUCACUCAGAAAACAGGUUUCUGGAGGAACUAUGGCUUUGGUAUCACCUGUAUUUACAAAGCUGACCUUCUUCGAGCAGGUGGCUUCGAUGUCUCCAUCCAAGGUUGGGGCCUUGAAGACGUAGAUCUAUUUAACAAAGUCAUUCAAGCUGGCUUAAAAACUUUCAGAAGCCAAGAAAUUGGAGUAGUCCAUGUGCAUCACCCUGUUUUUUGUGACCCUAAUCUUGAUCCAAAACAAUAUAAAAUGUGCUUGGGGUCCAAAGCUUCAACGUAUGGGUCCACACAACAGCUGGCUGAAAUAUGGUUUGAAAAAAACGACCCAAAUUUUGGGAAAAGCAGCAAUACUAAUGGCUCAGUGAGGACAGCCUAAUGUCCAGCUAUGCUGGAAAAGACUUUUUUUUUAAUUAUCUAAUUUAUUUUUGGGAAAAUGUUUUUUGAUAAUUCACUUUUAAAAGACCACACAGGAUAUAUUUUAGAAAUCAUCGUUGUUUUCUUACAAAGCGCUCGUUUUGAGAAGAACAAGGCCCUUGGGUUUUUUUGUUGUUGUGUUUUUGGUUUUGAACAAAACUGUGAUCAAUAUUUGCCUUCAAACAAAACAAAAAAAAAAGAAAAAAAGUUGUUUAAGAGUUAUCUGAUCAGCGGAAAUCUGACUUGAAUUAGAAUUUCCUUAUGAACAAAAGAUUGUUUCCUGCCGUUUCCGUUGCCGUCUUCACGGCUGGGAUUCUGUAAAUGUGGACCUGAGCGUGCAAAGCCAAGUGACAAAACGCUGUGUCUAAAUGUUUUUGGUGUGACUGCUACCGUGCAAAGAUUCUGCUCCUUCGGUUCAGGAUUAGCCAUUAAUUCUCAAAUUGCGUUAGAAAAUCCGAGUCGCUGUGGCGAUGAGCAAGGGUGGUGAAUCGCAGGAGGGGUUUUAUGUUUUUCCCUAAGAGCUGAUUAUUUCAGUUUAAAAACGCACCUCCACUUGUGAUGGGCAGGCGAGGGAAGGAAGUGAGCACAAGCCGUGAUCCGGUCGGUCCUGCUGGGAAUUGUUGUGUUUGGGGUGGUGGGCUCUGGGCUCUGUGCUCACAGAACAGAACAGAACAGAACAGGCUGGGCCGGGCGCCAGGGGAUGCUGAGGAGCAGGGCAAGGGCUGGGGAUGGGAAAGGACAAAGGACAGCACACAGUGAAAAUCCAAAAUCCCUGAGGAGAACCUGAGAGCUCCUCUGCUCGAGCGUCCCCGAUCGCGUCCGUUUCCUUCGGUCACCUGGAGUUAAUGGGAACAAUUAUUGCAUUGGAUUGCUAGUUUUGUUUUGGGAUUUUUUUUUUUUUCUGUAUCUGCUAGACCGUUAAUUUAUUUAAUAUCCAUUGUUUUAGGUUCUUGACCUUUCCUUGAAUAUCUGUUAGUCAUUUUAAUAUUUUAUAUAUAUAUAUAUGCGUGUGUAAAUAUAUAUAUAUAUAUAUUAGGAAUGUAUUGCAUCUUCUCACUGAUAAGGUAGUGUACAUCAUACUUACAGUAAAUGAUCUCCAAAGAUUACUUUCUAAAAUAUUUUUUCAUGGUUUUUUUUUUUUUUUUCUCCCCCAAAUUUCUUCAACAUUUUUGGAAUGACUUCCGUGAGUUUAGGAAUUUUUUUGGUAUUCUAAGAGGAACUGGGGAUGAGGAGGCUGAAUACAAGGAAAGUGUGAUCCCUAUGAGUUAACAUCUAGCAAGGUAAGAGAAAAUACACGAAAUAAAGUGCCUUAAAGCCAGCUAGGGAACCCUGUACACUGAGACUUAGUGACUGGACAUUGUCAUUGAAGCAGAUGAUCUCUUGGGACCUAUGUACCUGUAAAUAUCCUGCUCAGCAGAAACAGAAAAUAAAAACCAGCAAACAAUAUAUUUUUCUAUCGUAUCCUCCAGCCCCAUUUCAUCCCAUUGCCCUCAGUUCCACUUUGCCUGCUCUUUGGGAAGUGGAGGCAAGUGAAGGAAUGGAGAAAACCCAAGGCUUUGGUGGUUGUUGCCACGUUUGAAGGGAUCUUACAGUGCAAUUGCUAUUCCAGUAGAAGAAAUAACCAUUGUUUACACGUGUAUGGAGUAUGAACUGCAACUAGCAUAGUCUGUGUCUUACAAUGUUCAUCAUUUUCUGGUGACAGUCCCAAGGAUGUAGGUGCAUGGAAAAUUUUUCUUUUCCUCUCUUUUUUUUUCCCUUUCUUUCUUUCUUUCUUUUUUUUUUUUUUUUUAAGACUUGCUUCUAAGAUGCAAUAAAGAUUUUUUUUAUUUGCAAUUGGAGCUGCUCACGUCGUCAGUCCGUGUCGUUCCACCCGGCAGAGGCAGAGUCACACACCUGGGAAGUGAGCCCAGGUAAAAGGAGCUCUCUCUUCCAGAGGGUUUUGACCUCUGUGUUGUGGCCUGGGAUGAGCCCAGGGUUUACACCUUGGUCCUGAGGGAAGGCAGAACAAACCCAUUGAUCAGGAGCUGGUGCUGAUGAGCUGUGCCAUUCCCUGGUUUUGACUUUUUCCUCAUGAAAAUGUUAAAAGUGCUUCUGCUGCCUGAAAAUACCCCUGAGUGUACAUUUCAAAUGCAUACAGUGACAAGGCUGCAUGGUGCCCUAAUGUUUUGUGUGUUCAAAACACAGCAAAAAUAAUUAUUAAGUGGGUUGAACACUUAUUUUUUAAUAGCUCUAGGAGUUGUUUGGUGUUGGUGUGAGGACAAAAUUAAGUCCCAAAGCAAGAAUCUUAGGGAUUGCAGAGGUGUUUCUUCACACAAGGGAAAGGGAAAAGGAAAAACCCACCAAAACCAAACCAAACAAACAAAAAAACCCAACUUGUAUUUGUGGUACAGAAAAGAGCUUAAAGAAAAUGCACCCCAAAGGAUGGCAGCAAAAUGGAGGAAAAAAGCCCAUACUUGUACUGUAUUUAUUAACAUUUAUGAUUAUGUAGGACUUUUUUUAGCCCAUAACAGCUGGUAAAAGCAGAAUGGCUGGAAAAAGCCAUUUUGAGAACAGCACCAUGUGGUAUUGGGGUUUUUUUCUCAGUUGCUGCAGUUCUAAUUCUGCUACCAAAUCUCUAUUAAAAGUGAGUUUUGUACCAAGCUUGCAGCAGCCCUUGAGGCCUCACAUCGCAAUUGAUCACAUAUUUUAUGGACUCACAGCUUAAGAGAAGUCCAUUUGAAAGUGAAGUUUUAAUUAUAACCCUUUAUGACAAAGUCUAAACACAUAAACCCCAUUUUAUACUAAAGUAAGUGGCAUUUGCUGCCCCCCCUGUGAGGAGCUGGACAGAAGUGGAAAUCAUCAGCUGGUAGGUGCUGACCCAGCCUUGACAAAAAUCCCUUCUGGGGCUGGGACACUUCAUCCUCAAUUUACUCCGGUUGUUUGCUUCGGACAGAAGUUUCCCUCAGCCUGAGGAAGCAGGAAAAUCAUGGAGGGUUUUCCUCUGGGCCACAGAGGUGUGAGAAAAUGAGAUGGUGUCAUCCUGAAAAUGAAGGAUGUGGUGCUCAGUCUAUAGAGAUGCUUCGGUUCUUUAUUAAAACAAUUUAAAAUGUGAGACA